AUGGCCAAUGCACCAAUACCAACUCUGCCUGGAUUCCUCCGUCCGGAAGCGAGAACGAGCAGAGGCUACCAUCAGAACCAGGUCUUUGAGAGCAUCGAAAGCCAAGAAGUUGACCGUCUGGAACAGGCUUAUGGCAGGGAUGAGACUCUCUUCUCGAUUCACGAGGCCAGACUCCCCAACACAGUAAAACUCAACCGCUAUUCCAACGUACUUCCAUACCAACACUCGCGAGUUAUGGUGAACGGUCCAAUGCCAUUCAUGAAUGCCAGCAGGAUCACGGCACCACCAGCACUUCGUACCAGCCUCCCCGCAGACUUUGCAGGAUACAUCGCCACCCAAGCGCCUCUUCCCGAGACUCAGGCGAACUUCUGGAGGAUGGUUUGCGAUGAAAAUGUGCACGUGAUUGUUUGUUUGACGACUGUCAGUGCUAACCGGACGCAAAGGGGACAGAAGGCAGAACAAUACUGGCCCAACGCAGGACAGACCGAUCGGUUCGGACCCAACCUCUCGGUGCGAAGUCUAGACUCGACCAAUAGUGACAGCGAAGUUGUCUACCGCAACCUGGAACUCUGGGACCCUUCGUCGGACGCGAAUCCUAGACGAUCGAUCUUGCUGGCUCAUUAUCAGGGAUGGCCCGAUCACGGUGUGCCCAAGAGCUCGAGCAGCCUCCGCGACAUCAUGUACACCAUCAGGAGCUGGAAGCGCAAUCAGCAGGCUACGAACAACCCCAAGGGCAAUUUUGGACCUAUACUAGUUCACUGCAGUGCAGGAGUGGGUCGUACUGGAACUUUCUGUGUCAUCGACACAGCUCUCUCGGUCUUGGAGCAUAUCAGAUACCCCCACCUUGCCCCUCACCCACUCCGCGAUGCCAGCCUGCAAGAACAAGCGCUUAACCUAAUGGUCCAGGCCGAAGACGCGUACAAUUGGAAUCAGGAUCGUGAUCUUGUUUUUGAGAUCCUGAACGCGUUCAGAAACGAGCGUAUGAUGAUGGUUCAGACCACGGGACAGUAUCAGUUCUGCUACGCGGCUAUCAAGGAGUUGUGCCAAUAG